GCUACCCGCGCUGAUCACGAGGUAGUAAACAGUGACAGCAUGCUUCCCUCCGGCUCGACAAUUGCUUCGCUGGUAGCUCAGCACCCUCUGGGAGCUAUGAGUGCUCAGCAGAAGCCCCACUCGGAGCAUGCUUCGAAUCCUGCCCCCAAGCGACGUGAACCCUUCCAAGCCUGGAGCGCCCUCGACAAUGCAAAGACCAGGGCGGAAGCUAUCGGCAAGGAAGCAGCUCGCGAGUUCGAGGUCGCGAGCGCAAAGGCUCAAGAGAAGACGGGCAAGAUCGAGCCUUGGUCGGCCAAGUACUACGCCGCUUGCACUGUCGGUGGAAUGCUCGCUUGUGGCGUUACUCACACCGCUGUCACUCCCCUGGAUCUGAUCAAAUGCCGUCGCCAAGUUGACCCCAAACUCUACAGCAGCAACAUGCAGGCGUUCAGCAAGAUUCGUGCCAUUGAGGGUAUUCGCGGUGUGGUCACCGGUUGGGGACCCACUUUCUUUGGCUACAGUGCCCAAGGAGCAUUCAAAUACGGCGGCUACGAGUAUUUCAAGAAGUUCUAUAGUGACCUGGUCGGCCCCGAAAAUGCCCAGAAGUACAGGACCGCCAUCUACCUCGCAGGCAGUGCCUCUGCCGAAUUUAUCGCCGAUGUUGCCCUGUGCCCGUUCGAAUCUGUAAAGGUUCGCAUGCAAACGACCAUCCCUCCCGAGUUCCGAGGUACGUUCAGCGGUAUUUCCGCUGUCGUUGCGAAGGAGGGUUCGUCGGGAUUGUACAAGGGCCUGUACCCACUCUGGGGUCGCCAAAUUCCGUACACCAUGAUGAAGUUUGCCUCCUUUGAGACUAUCGUCGAAAUGAUCUACAACAAGCUGCCUGGCCAAAAGUCCGACUACAACAAGGGCGCCCAGACUGCCGUUGCUUUCACCGGUGGCUACAUGGCCGGUAUUCUCUGUGCGGCAGUGUCCCACCCCGCUGAUGUGAUGGUCAGUAAGUUGAACGCCAAUCGCCUGGCGGGUGAAGCUUUCGGUGCUGCGAUGAGCCGAAUCUAUGGUGACAUCGGAUUCAUGGGUCUGUGGAAUGGCUUGCCUGUCCGUAUUGUCAUGAUUGGUACUUUGACUGGUCUCCAAUGGAUGAUUUACGAUUCGUUCAAGAUCUUUAUGGGACUGCCGACCACUGGUGGACCUUCCGAGGACAAGAAGAAGAAGUAA